GACGUCAGAACACACACGCACUCUGAUUGGCUGGUUUCUCUCGUGGCCUGGCAACCAGAAGAGGCUUUACCAAACAGACUGAGCUAACUCGAGCUAGCUACACUUGCUAGCUGCUUUUUUCCUUUGGAGAUACUCAACUAUUUCCAAAAAUUACCGCCAUGUCUUCGAGAACCCUUCCCCUGCUGUUCAUCAACCUGGGCGGUGAAAUGCUGUACAUCCUGGACCAGCGGCUCCGAGCUCAGAAUAUCCCCGCAGACAAGGCUAAGAAAGUUAUGAAUGACAUCAUCACCACCAUGUUCAACAAAAAGUUCCUAGAAGAGCUUUUCAAGCCGCAGGAGCUUUACUCCAAGAAGGCCCUGCGGACUGUGUUCGACAGGCUGGCCCACGCCUCUAUAAUGAGACUCAAUCAGGCUAGUAUGGACAAGCUCUACGACUUGAUGACCAUGGCUUUCAAGUACCAGGUGCUUCUCUGUCCCCGACCGAAGGACAUCCUCCUCGUCUCUUUCAACCACAUGGAUGCAAUCAAAGACUUUGUGAAAGACACCCCCAGCAUUCUCAGCCAGGUUGACGAGACGUACCAACAGCUCAUCGAGAUGUAUACACCCUUGUCUAGUGGGGACUUCCAGCUGAUCCGACAAACUCUCCUCAUCUUCUUCCAAGACAUGCAUAUAAGAGUGUCUAUUUUCCUCAAGGACAAAGUGCAGAACUCCAAUGGCCGCUUUGUGCUUCCCACCAGUGGUCCUGUGCCACAUGGUACACAAGUCCCUGGCUUGAUAAGGAUGUUUGGCUGUACUGGUGAAGAGACCAGCAGGCUGCAGUUCAGCAACGGAGGAAACUACACCUCUGCUAUGCGGGAGGGAUCUUUCGAGUUAUUCGGAGACAGGGUCACCAAACUAGGAACAAACAUGUACAGCGUAAGCCGCCCAGUGGAAACUCACAUGUCAGGAACGUCUAAAAAUUCUGCUCAGCACACUAAGGUCAACACUGCUCCUAACCCUCUAGCCAAAGAGGAGCUGAAUCUGUUGGCCAAGUUAAUGGGAGGGUUAGAGGUUCAGAAACCAGGAAAUACAGACAGCGGCUUCCGAGUCAACCUCUUUGCCACCGAUGAGGAAGAAGAAGAGGCAUUAAUAUCAAGACCAGAUGAGCUUUCAUAUGGAGUCAUAAAAAUCCAAGCUACAAAGGACCAGCAGGCCAAUGCAGAGCUUGCCAAGAUCAUGGGAGAGUUCACAGAGUCUGGGGACCAAUCUCCCAGUGCCAGCAGCAAAGGUGACGACCUUCUGGCAAUGAUGGAUGGACUGUGACAUGGUCACCCUAACAGAAAUAGCUCGGCGGGAGUGGCGCAAUGCAUCGUCAACAGUCGAUCCUGUUCUACUGUAGACCAGUCUGCUGUCUGUAUCUGCAAAUACAAUGCAGAGACCUCACAUGCAGCCAGAAAAAAAACCUGCUUCUUUGGGUGCUUUUUAAAAUGCAGAUGGAGCAGGUGUUUCCACUGGCUGUCAAAUGAUGAACUGCAAAUUUGCAUAGUUACCAACGAAGAAGGCGAUGAGCCAAGCUUUAAGCUGCUCUACACUGUAAUAGUAUGUUUGCUGUAAACUGAAAAGAGUUUCAGUGCAUCAAAACAUGCAGUAGGCCUAUAUCAACAUGAUGAAUGUGUAUGUGGUGAUAGCAAAACAUCUGUUUUGUAUAAUGUGAAGAUUUCGCAUUUUAUAAAAUCUGACUCACGCCGCGCUGCGGUAUGUGAAAUACACAUUCCUUUUAUUUCACGCAACGUCAUUUAUCUCAACUGUCAAUAAUACAUUAUGGUUUGAGAUGAUUUUCGGUCAAUAAUAACAUUGGAUGAAACCCAAGUGCUCUUUCUAAAGUGAUUCGAAUUCCCACAGAUCUUUAUUUUGGUAAGAAAUAUGUCUAUCUUGCAUCACGCCGUACACCGUACAAGGAGCAACUUGUAAGACAUUUUUCACUCCCCUGUGAUGUCUCUGAAUGUUGAGCUAUGGCCCAGAAAUGUGCUCACUGAUGAGUAUGUUAUUAUAAUAGAGUGUAAUGCAAUAUAAGUAAAUAAUAUGUAAAUAUGUUUAUUGCAUACUUUUAUUUAUUUGAAUAUCAUUUUCUGUGUAUAGAGAAGUGCAUAUUACUACGGUUGUUAUAUUGUUGAAUGUGCGAUGUCAUAUUUUUAAUAAAUAGUUGAGAAAUAAA